AUGGGGAAGAAGAAGCGUGCGUGUAAGAACAAGGUUCCGCCACCGUCAAAGGCCAACAAACCGCCGUCACAGUCCAAGCACAGGAAGAAAAAGGAGCAGGAGCCGGUAAAGUCCAAGAAGGAGAAGCAAGUCAGGCAUGCAAACAAGAACGAAGAAGGAGGAACCUCCGUUCGUGAUGAGGAGUUUAACGAUAAGUUCAGUGCUGUACUCCAAUAUGGUGGGGAGUUUGUGUUUUUGAACGACGGUCGUACGAUUUAUAGAGGUGGUAUGUCGUCGUUAGUUUCGGAACUCCGUUUAGAAGAGUUUACCUUGGAUAGUAUACAUAGGUUGGUGAUGGGUUGGGGUUACCGGGAAGGGACAUAUAGAAUCUGGACUCUAAUUCGUGAAAUAUGUGAAGAUUAUUUUCAGAUUAGAAAGGAUGACGAUUGUUAUGACUUUGCUGCAUAUAACUGUGCGAAUCGAAUAGACGGGGAACUUUUUAUAGAGCAUGAUGUUGUAGAUAUGGAAGCAACAGUAAGACUUCCUAGGUGUGUUAAUGAGGUUGGUGAGAUGGAAGGAAGUGAUGAAGAUGAGAAAGAGAUACCAAAAGUUGCUGAAUAUGUUAGUGUUAGUAAAGAGAAACCUUGUGAGGAAGAUGAAUAUAUUAGUGAUGAGUUGGAAAGUUCUGAUCCUGAUUUGUCUGAUAGUGAGAAAGCUAAAGUCCAAAAGUUUGAAAAAUUCAAAAAGGAGCAUUUAAAUAAGGAUUUUAAAUUUCAGUGGGGUAUGGAAUUCAGCUCCCUAGAUGAGUUUAGGUAUGCCAUACGUGAAUGGUCUGUAUUAAAUGGGAGACAAAUUACUUUUAUCAAAAAUGAAAGCGACAGGGUUAGGGUGGUGUGCAGGGCCAAUUGUGGGUUUUUAAUGCUAUGCUCCAAAGUGAGCCACAAGAGGACAUUUGCUAUAAAAACCAUUGUAGACAAACACACUUGUGCUAGGGUUUUAGACAAUAAAUCUGCAAAUUCAAGGUGGGUGGCUAAGAUUGUUUUGAAGAAGAUGCAGACCUCACAGGAUGUCAGAAUCACUGAUAUUAUACAAGAUCUGAGGCAAAAUUACUCUGUAGGUAUAACUGUUUGUAGGGCUUGGAAAGCAAAACUCAUAGCCAAGAAGAUGUUGGAGGGAGAUGCAGAUAGGCAGUAUGCAAUAUUGAGGAGGUAUGCUGCAGAGUUAUUAAGGGCCAGCCCUGGAAACACUUUGGCUAUAACUGUUGAAAGGCCUAAUCCAACAAUCCCACCAAGAUUUGGUUGCUUUUAUUUCUGCUUUGAGGGAUGUAAAAAGGGUUUCAUUAAUGGAUGUAGGCCCUUUGUGGGAGUGGAUGGCUGCCAUCUUAAAACAAAGUAUGGUGGUCAGUUGCUAAUUGCUGUAGGGAGGGACCCUAAUGAUCAGUAUUUUCCACUUGCUUUUGGGGUUGUGGAGACAGAAACAAAAGAAAGCUGGAAGUGGUUCUUGGAGCUGUUGAUAAAUGAUGUGGGCCAGAGCAACAAAUAUGUGUUCAUAUCAGACCAACAAAAGGGUCUUGUUGCAGUCUUUGAGGAGAUGUUUGAGAGAAUUGAGCACAGGGUUUGUUUAAAGUUGAUAGAUCUUGAUGCCUGGACAUGGUUAAUGGGUGUUCCUCCAAAAUCAUGGUGUAAGCAUGCUUUUUCCUUUUACCCUAAAUGUGAUGUACUAAUGAAUAACAUAUCUGAAUCAUUUAAUGCUACCAUUUUAAGUGUAAGAGACAAACCUAUUUUGACCAUGUGUGAGUGGAUUAGGCUGUACUUGAUAAAUAGAUGUUCUGCCUCAUCAGCCAAGCUAAAAAAAUGGCCUCAUAAAGUAAUGCCAAUACCUAGGAAGAGGCUUGAUAAAGAAGUCAUGCUAAGUGGACACUGGUUGCCCACUUGGGCAAUGGAAGAGACCUUUGAGGUGAAUCAUUCUUAUAAUGGUCAGAAGUUUGUAGUUGACAUUGCUAAGAGAAGUUGUACUUGUAAUUUCUGGGAGCUAGUUGGCAUCCCUUGUAGACAUGCUAUUGCUGCUCUGUCUUUCAGACAACAGAAUCCAGAAGAUUUUGUAGACAGUUGUUAUCAUAGGGACAAGUAUGCCAUAUGUUAUAGUUUUGCUAUAAGUCCAAUAAAUGGUGAAGAAAUGUGGCCUGAAGUAGAAGCUGAUCCAAUAAUGCCCCCCAUGUACAAGAGAGGUCCUGGCAGGCCUAAGAAAUUAAGGAUUAGAGAGUGUGGAGAAGAAGGUGCUAGAAGAAGGAGAUUACCAGGUGUGUCUUAUAGGUGCACCAUUUGUGACAAAUUUGGUCACAAUGCUCAAACUUGCAAAAGCACAACUCAGAAUCCCAAUGCACUUAAAAGAAAGAAAAAAGUUAAGUUGGAUGCCCAAACUGCUGCAACUCAUGAAGUUGAAUCUGGUGCAACUGAUGUAGCCCAAACUGCUGCAACAGAUGGAGCUCAAACUGCUGCAACUCAUGAAGCUGAAUCUGGUGCAACUGAUGUAGCCCAAACUACUGCAACAGAUGUAGUUCAAACUGCUGCAACAGAUGGAGUUCAAACUGAGACACUUCAGACUGAUUUUUUUGGAGACAUCACUGAUGAUGUGAUCUCAAGCCUGCCAGACUUUAACUCUACCCAAUGCUCUGCUGUGGAUGGAACCUCACAAAGGAGAGGUAAGAAAAAGAUGUCACCUACCAAGCCAAUCAAGAGGAGGACAAGUGAAAGACAGAAGUUGUUCUGGUUUAAAAAACCAUUAACUGGCCCAGGUGCUAGCUCUGAAGAACCAUUAUCAGUGACUGAUGAAGAGAACAAUGAUGAGUCAAGGCGUGGGAAGAAGAAAUUGAAGAAGAAGUAUUAA